AUGAUUUCAUCAUCAUCAUCAUCAUCAUCAUCAUCAUCAUCAUCAUCAUCAUCAUCAUCAUCAUCAUCAUCAUCAUCAUCAUCAUCAUCAUCAUCAUCAUCAUCAUCAUCAUCAUCAUCAUCAUCAUCAUCAUCAUCAUCAUCAUCAUCAUCAUCAUCAUCAUCAUCAUCAUCAUCAUCAUCAUCAUCAUCAUCAUCAUCAUCAUCAUCAUCAUCAUCAUCAUCAUCAUCAUCAUCAUCAUCAUCAUCAUCAUCAUCAUCAUCAUCAUCAUCAUCAUCAUCAUCAUCAUCAUCAUCAUCAUCAUCAUCAUCAUCAUCAUCAUCAUCAUCAUCAUCAUCAUCAUCAUCAUCAUCAUCAUCAUCAUCAUCAUCAUCAUCAUCAUCAUCAUCAUCAUCAUCAUCAUCAUCAUCAUCAUCAUCAUCAUCAUCAUCAUCAUCAUCAUCAUCAUCAUCAUCAUCAUCAUCAUCAUCAUCAUCAUCAUCAUCAUCAUCAUCAUCAUCAUCAUCAUCAUCAUCAUCAUCAUCAUCAUCAUCAUCAUCAUCAUCAUCAUCAUCAUCAUCAUCAUCAUCAUCAUCAUCAUCAUCAUCAUCAUCAUCAUCAUCAUCAUCAUCAUCAUCAUCAUCGAGAGGAGUAACUUAA